AUGAAGUUCCUGGCUUUAAUUGUAUAUGCAUUCCUGAUGCUGAGUCUGGUUUCUGAGCUGGAGGCUCGGCAGCGUUUCUACUGCCUCUGGAGCACCAAAAGGACCUGUUCCAGGACCAGUCCCAGAUGCCUUCGACUCCAAACCGGCGUUGAUGGCCAAAAUAAUGCGGUAUACACAUGCAAGUACUAUCGCACCGAUUGCCAGUACCUUCUCGACAAUUGCAAGGGCAAUACAGCUUAUGGCCAACUUGGCACUUCUGUGGAUGUGCUUAUGAAUUGCAUUACAAAUAAUAUCGCAAUUGGAGGGACUGGAGAUUGCACAUAA